UUCAUUUCUGCCAAUUCAACAAUGCCCUUUCAAUAUUCUUCAUCGUACUCCUUGCUCUCCCAACUCAUCAUUACUCCUUGCUUCUCCAUAUUUCUCAUUUUCCUUCUAUAUUCAAUAACAUCAUUCCAUGUCACUUUUACAUCUGCCUCUACACCUACCACUUCUUUUUUGAAAGUUGAACAAGAUCAAGAAGCACUCGCUCUUCUAACAUGGAAGGCCAGUCUUGAUAAUCAAACCCAAUCUUUCCUCUCUUCUUGGUCUGGACGCAAUUCUUGCCAUCAUUGGUUCGGAGUGACUUGUCACAGGUCAGGAAGUGUCUCCAAUUUAGACCUUCAUAAUUGCAAUUUAAGAGGUACACUCCACAAUCUCAAUUUCUCAUCACUCCCCAACCUCCUUACUCUUAAUCUUUAUAACAACUCCCUCUAUGGAACCAUUCCACUCAACAUUGGUAAUCUUUCCAAACUAAUGACAUUUCUUGACUUUGGUUUCAAUCAUUUCACUGGUGUAAUAUCUCACCAACUUGGAUUUCUAACAUCUCUUAGCUUUCUAGCAUUGGCUUCUAAUAAUUUCAAAGGCCCAAUUCCACCUUCCAUAGGAAACUUGAGGAACUUAACCACUUUGCACCUUUUUAAGAAUGAGCUUUCUGGUUCCAUCCCUCAAGAAAUUGGAUUGUUGAGAGCUCUUAGUGUUCUUGAUUUGUCAACGAACAAUCUCACUGGUCCAAUCCCUCCUUCCAUAGGUAACUUGAGGAACUUAACCACUUUGUACCUUUCAAAGAAUGAGCUUUUUGGUUCCAUCCCUCAAGAAAUUGGAUUGUUGAGAUCUCUUAGUGUUCUUGAUUUGUCAACGAACAAUCUCACUGGUCCAAUCCCUCCUUCCAUAGGUAACUUGAGGAACUUAAUCACUUUGUACCUUUCAAAGAAUGAGCUUUCUGGUUCUAUCCCUCAAGAAAUUGGAUUGUUGAGGUGUCUUGAUAGUCUUCAAUUAUCAUUUAACAAUCUCAAUGGUUCAAUACCAGCUUCCAUAGGAAACUUGUCUGGCUUAACCCAUUUGGGUCUUCUUUACAACAAGCUCAGUGGUGCCAUUCCUCUUCAAAUGAAUAAUAUCACUCAUUUGAAAAAUUUGCAGUUAGGUGACAACAACUUCAUUGGACAACUACCACAGGAGAUUUGUCGUGGUAGUGUUCUUGAAAACUUUUCCGCCAUUGGAAACCAUUUUACUGGUCCUAUUCCAAAGAGCUUGAAAAAUUGCACUAGCUUAGUCAGAGUUCGGCUUGACAGAAACCAACUUACGGGAGACAUAGCCGAAAGUUUGGGUGUAUACCCGAACCUAAAUUUUAUUGAUCUAAGUAAUAACAAUUUUUUUGGUGAGCUUUCUGAGAAAUGGGGGCAGUGCCACAUGCUCACAAACCUGAACAUCUCCAACAACAAUAUUUCUGGUGCUAUUCCGCCUCAACUUGGGAAAGCAAUUCGACUACACCAACUCGAUCUCUCCGCCAAUCAUCUAAGUGGGAAGAUCCCAAAACAGUUGGGUAUGUUGCCAUUAUUGUUCAAAUUGUUGCUAGGCAACAACAAUCUUUCAGGAAGUAUUCCUUUGGAAUUGGGAAACUUAUCCAAUCUUGAAAUUCUUGACUUGGCAUCAAACAACAUAAGCGGUCCAAUUCCCAAACAACUGGGAAACUUCUGGAAAUUACGGUCCUUCAACUUGAGCAAGAAUAGAUUUGUGGAUAGCAUUCCCGAUGAAAUUGGAAAGAUGCAUCAUCUUGAAAAUCUCGAUCUUAGUCAAAAUAUGUUGACAGGAGAGACACCACCGCUGCUUGGAGAAUUACAGUACCUGGAAACGUUGAAUCUCUCCCAUAACGGGCUCUCUGGCACCAUCCCACACACGUUUUAUGAUCUAAUAAGCCUGACAGUUGCUGACAUAUCCUACAAUCAGUUGGAAGGUCCUCUCCCGAACAUCAAAGCAUUUGCCCCAUUUGAGGCAUUCAAAAAUAAUAAAGAUCUGUGUGGUAAUAAUGUCACUCAUCUCAAGCCAUGUAGUGCUAGUCGAAAGAAGGCCAACAAGUUUUCUGUUUUGAUCAUAAUACUCCUCAUUGUGAGCAGUCUAUUGUUCUUAUUUGCUUUUGUUAUUGGCAUUUAUUUUCUUUUCCAAAAAUUGAGGAAGAGAAAAACCAAGUCUCCAGAAGCAGAUGUUGAAGAUCUAUUUGCAAUAUGGGGCCAUGAUGGGGAAUUGUUGUAUGAACACAUCAUACAGGGGACCGACAAUUUCAAUUCGAAACAGUGUAUUGGCACUGGAGGAUAUGGUACUGUUUACAAGGCUGAGUUGCCAAUAGGUCGGGUUGUUGCUGUGAAAAGACUUCACUCAUCACAAGAUGGAGGUAUGGCUGAUUUGAAAGCUUUCAAAAGCGAGAUUCAUGCUUUAACACAAAUAAGGCAUCGCAAUAUUGCCAAGCUUUAUGGCUUCAGUUCAUUUGCAGAGAACUCAUUUUUGGUUUAUGAGUUUAUGGAAAAAGGAAGCUUGCGAAACAUUCUAAGAAACGACGAAGAAGCAGAAAAAUUAGAUUGGAUUGCGAGGCUAAACAUUGUUAAAGGUGUGGCUAAAGCUUUAUCUUAUAUGCACCAUGAUUGCUCACCUCCCAUAAUUCAUCGAGACAUAUCGAGUAAUAAUGUUUUGUUAGAUUCAGAAUAUGAAGCUCAUGUAUCAGACUUCGGCACAGCUAGGCUUUUAAAGUCCGACUCAUCUAAUUGGACUUCAUUUGCAGGAACUUUUGGUUAUACUGCUCCAGAACUUGCAUACACGAUGAAGGUGGAUAAUAGAACCGAUGUUUAUAGUUUCGGUGUUGUAACAUUGGAAGUAAUUAUGGGGAGGCAUCCUGGAGAACUCAUCUCAUCCCUGUUAUCUUCAGCGUCCUCCUCAUCUACAUCACCAUCAACUGCCGACCAAUUCCUGUUGAAUGAUGUGAUGGACCAGCGCCUCUCACCUCCUGUGAAUCAAGUGGCAAAGGAAGUAGUGGUUGCAGUGAAGUUGGCAUUUGCAUGCUUGCGUGUUAAUCCCCAAUCUCGGCCAACUAUGCAACAAGUUGCUCGAGCACUCUCAACACAGUGGCCACCAUUGUCGAAACCGUUCUCCAUGAUUACAUUGGGUGAGCUGCAGGGUCAUGGUCAUGGGGGUGAAACUGGCUGAGGGUCCUCACUUCUCCAUGUUAAUUUGUUAUCAAUUGAUUAUUACUGUAAAAGCUUAUAUUGGGUAAAGUAAGAAGGUAUCUCAGGUCUGAGGAAGUUUCAGCAGAUAAGGCAUACUGUUAUGACAUCCAUGGGAUAUUUGAAGGGUGGAAUGUGCAGGUGUACUACCGUGAAGAGACCCAUUCUGUUCCUGCUGAGAUGACAGAGGGGAAAUGUGAUGUCCUUGCAACCUUUGGAACGUAUUUUUGUUUGAAGGGUCCCUCAAGCAGUAGCCAAGUGGGCUACUGAAUAUGAAGAGCUUACUGGGGAUGCACUUAAAUUCGAUCAUCCACAAUCAUUGAUGUGUGUUAACGAUUACAGUUCGAUCCUGAGGGCUGUCGUGGAGUGUGGGAAUGUCGAUGACUGUGUCUCUACUUCUGAGACUGCCAAAUAAUCUGCAUCACCGGAUGCAUGGACAAGUUGAUUUUAAUAAUGGGGGGCCUCCAUGCCAGGGUUUCUCUGGGAUGAAUCCGUUUAACCGAAGUAACUGGCGUAAAGUUCAGUGUGAAAUGAUCCUGGCCUUCUUAUCCUUUGCCGAUUACU